GACAGUGAUUCAAUGAACAGUGAUUCAUAUGAUUUGCUUUCACAGGCCGCAUAAAAUGAUGUGGCGGACUGGAUCUGGCCCCGGGGCCUUGAGUUUGACACCUGUGAUAUAGCUAGAUAGAUCGAUAUAGAAAUAGAUGGAUAGACAGAUACUGUAUCUUUAUUUUUCCACAGCUGCUGUAUCAUGGCUGGUGCUGAUGCUGAUGUGACGUCAUCACCACGCAGGCUUUUAUAGAUUCAUGAGUUUGCCCUGCAUUUAGUCUGACAGGCGAGUGGCUAGAGCAUCCUGUUUAUCCGCUCCCCAUCUCCUGCCCCCUCCUUCCUCUUCUCGCCGUCACCCAUUCUCGUCUAAAUUGACACUCAACCCAGCCAGGCUCCCACCGUCCAUCCAUCCAUCUUCUCUCCUUUCCCUGGGGCCGAGUGCAGUAGGGAAAGGAGGCUGUGAACGGAGGACGGCAGACACGACAAAAAUAGGAACCGGCGAAGCCUGGUGCUGAUUCUCGCGCGACGCCAUCGAGGUGUCUGGCGUGUGUGUCUGUAGUCAUACAGCUUUUGAGUGCUGCCGCCCACUCCCACAGUAACCAGUAACAUGGCCGGGGCAUCGGUCAAAGUGGCGGUGAGGGUUCGGCCCUUCAACUCCAGAGAAAUGGCCAAGGACAGCAAAUGCAUCAUUCAGAUGACAGGAAACACCACAACAAUCCUGAACCCCAAACAGCCAAAAGAAAACAAGAGUUUCAACUUUGACUAUUCCUACUGGUCUCACACCACGCCCGAGGACAUCAACUAUGCGUCCCAGAUGCAAGUGUACAAGGACAUCGGCGAGGAGAUGCUGCUCCACGCAUUUGAAGGUUACAACGUGUGCAUAUUUGCAUACGGACAGACAGGAGCGGGCAAGAGCUACACCAUGAUGGGAAGGCAGGAGACUGACCAACAGGGCAUCAUACCGCUGCUCUGUGAGGACCUUUUUACCAAGAUUAGUGACAGCAAUAAUGACAACAGCAUGUCUUACUCUGUGGAGGUGAGUUACAUGGAAAUCUACUGCGAGCGUGUGCGUGACUUGCUAAACCCCAAAAACAAAGGGAACCUGCGAGUAAGAGAGCAUCCUCUGAUGGGACCCUACGUGGAAGACUUGUCCAAGCUGGCUGUCACCUCUUACAACGACAUCCAGGACCUGAUGGACUCUGGAAACAAGGCCAGAACUGUCGCUGCUACAAACAUGAACGAGACCAGCAGCCGCUCCCAUGCCGUCUUUAACAUCAUCUUCACUCAGAAGAAACAUGACUCAGAGAGUGAAAACACAUCAGAAAAGGUCAGCAAAAUCAGCCUGGUGGACCUGGCUGGUAGCGAGCGGGCCGACUCUACCGGCGCAAAAGGAACCAGACUGAAGGAAGGAGCCAACAUCAACAAAUCUCUGACCACACUGGGAAAAGUUAUCUCUGCUUUAGCUGAGCAGGACUCAGCCCCAAAUAAGAACAAAAAGAAGAAGAAGGUGGAGAGUUUCAUUCCCUACAGAGAUUCAGUCCUGACGUGGCUACUGAGGGAGAACUUGGGUGGAAAUUCUCGUACGGCCAUGGUGGCUGCCCUCAGUCCUGCUGAUAUAAACUACGAUGAAACCCUCAGUACACUCCGGUACGCCGACCGCGCCAAGCAGAUCCGCUGCAACGCUGUCAUCAACGAGGACCCGAACAACCGUCUGGUACGCGAGUUGAAAGAGGAGGUGGCCCGCCUCAAAGACCUGCUCUACGCUCAGGGCCUUGGCGACAUCAUUGAGAACCUGUGCGAUUACAAGAACUUUGUGAAUGAUCGCCAGGCUGUCAAUCAAAGGGGUGAUCUCUCCACAGUGACCAAUGCCAUGACGGGUAUGAGCCCCUCCCCCUCGCUGUCGGCCAUGUCCAGUCGCGCCGCCUCCAUCAGCAACCUCCACGAUCGCAUUUUCAGCCCGGCCAGCGAGGAGGCCAUCGAGAGGCUCAAGGAAACAGAGAAAAUCAUUGCAGAACUCAAUGAAACUUGGGAAGAGAAACUACGGCGUACUGAGGCCAUUCGCAUGGAGAGAGAGGCCUUACUGGCUGAGAUGGGUGUUGCCAUGAGAGAAGAUGGAGGCACUGUUGGCGUUUUCUCCCCCAAAAAGACACCACAUCUGGUCAACCUGAACGAGGACCCACUGAUGUCCGAGUGCCUGCUGUACUACAUUAAAGACGGCAUGACAAAGGUUGGUCGUGAGGAUGCCAAGGCGCGGCAGGACAUUGUGCUCAGUGGACAUUUUAUCCGAGAUGAACACUGCACCUUCAGUAGCACCACAGGCCCUCAGGGAGAAGGUUGCGUGUUUUUGGAGCCAUGUGAAGAUGCUGAGACGUACGUUAAUGGAAAGCGAGUGACGUCACCCACUGUGCUGCGCUCAGGCAACCGCAUCAUCAUGGGCAAGAGUCACGUGUUCCGCUUCAACGACCCCGAGCAGGCCCGGCUGGAGCGCGAGAAGACGCCGUGCGCUGAGACGCCGGUGGAGCCCGUCGACUGGGCCUUCGCUCAGAGGGAGCUGCUGGAGAAGCAAGGCAUCGACAUGAAGCAGGAGAUGGAGCAGAGGCUUCAGGAGCUUGAGGAUCAAUACCGUAAAGAAAGAGAAGAAGCGAGUAUCUUGCUGGAACAACAGAGGCUGGACUAUGAGAGUAAACUGGAGGCUCUCCAGAAGCAGGUGGACUCCCGCUACCUGGAGUCACCCGAGGAAGAAGAGGAACCAGAGGAAGAAGUUACCUCUCCAGUGCCAUGGACCAAGCGCGAGACGGAGCUGGCUCUGUGGGCCUUCAGGAAGUGGCGCUUCUACCAGUUCACCUCGCUUCGGGAUCUGCUUUGGGGUAACGCCAUCUUCCUCAAGGAGGCCAACGCUAUUAGUGUAGAGCUGAAAAAGAAGGUCCAGUUCCAGUUCGUCCUUCUGACGGACACCCUGUAUUCCCCCCUCCCUCCUGACCUACUGCCUCCCAGUGAGUCCAAGGAAAGAGAGAGGCGACCGUUCCCGCGGACCAUCGUAGCAGUGGAAGUGCAGGACCAAAAGAACGGAGCCACUCAUUACUGGACUCUGGAGAAGCUCAGGCAAAGACUGGACCUGAUGAGAGAAAUGUACGAUCGGGCCGCAGAGCUCCCCAGUAACGCCGUGGAAGACUGUGACCACGCUCUCACUGGUGGAGAUCCUUUCUACGACCGCUUCCCGUGGUUUCGUCUGGUUGGCAGAGCAUUUGUGUACCUGAGCAACCUGCUGUAUCCUGUUCCAUUGGUCCAUCGUGUGGCCAUCGUGAGUGAGAAAGGCGAAGUGAAGGGCUUCCUCAGAGUGGCUGUGCAGGCAAUUUCAGCGGAUGAAGAAGCUCCAGAUUACGGUUCUGGUGUGAGGCAGUCUGGCACGGCCAAAAUCUCCUUUGAAGAUAAACAGUUUGAGAAGUUCCAGACUGAGUCGUGUACACCAGGCACUCUUUCCCACUCAAACACCUCUGAGGAGGAGCUCCGCAUUGUGGAAGGAGAAGGUCAAAAUGUCGAGAUGGGAAUCUCUGCAGAUGAAGUCAACAACAACACAUGUGAAGCUACCCCGGAGCCUCCACCCAGCCCCAUGAAGAGCUUGGGACUGGGUCUAGAUCUUCCUUUGGAGCUCUCGCCAGAGAAGGCUUUGUCCCACCUCAUGAUAGGCAGCACCUUCACCUUCAGAGUCACCGUGUUGCAGGCCUCCAGCAUCUCGGCCGAGUACGCCGACAUUUUCUGCCAGUUCAACUUCAUCCACCGCCACGAUGAAGCAUUUUCCACCGAGCCGCUGAAGAACACUGGCAGGGGGCCGCCACUUGGCUUCUACCAUGUGCAAAAUAUCUCAGUGGAGGUGACCAAGUCAUUUGUGGAGUACAUCAAGACCCAGCCCAUCGUCUUUGAGGUGUUUGGUCACUAUCAGAAGCAGCCUUUCCCACCCCUCUGCAAGGACUUAAUCAGUCCACUAAGACCUUCCAGAAGGCAGUUCCCCAGAGUGAUGCCUUUGUCCAAACCAGUGCCAGCCACCAAACUCAGCACUCUGACCCGCUCUGCCGCCGGACCUUGUCACUCCAAAUAUGACCUCAUGGCCUUCUUUGAGAUCUGUGAGCUGGAAGCCAGCGGAGACUACAUCCCAGCUGUUGUCGACCACCGAGGCGGGAUGCCCUGCCACGGCACGUACCUCCUGCAUCAGGGUAUUCAGAGGAGGAUCACAGUCACCAUCGCUCAUGAAAGCGGAAACGACAUUGAAUGGAAGGAGGUAAAGGAGCUGGUUAUUGGUCGCAUCCGAAACACUCCGGAGGCUGAUGAGACCAUCAUAGACCCCAACAUCCUCUCAUUGAACAUCCUGUCUUCCGGAUAUUUCUGGCCAAAACAUGAUGACAACGUCUCCUUGGGAAUUGAUCAUAGAACUUUCUACCGAUUUGAGGCAGCAUGGGACAGCUCCAUGCACAACUCCCUACUCCUGAAUAGAGUUACCCCGUAUGGAGAGAAGAUCUACAUCACCCUCUCAGCCUACCUGGAGAUGGAGAACUGCACUCAACCGACAGUCAUCACCAAAGAUUUUUGCAUGGUGUUUUACUCCCGCGACACCAAGCUUCCCGCAUCUCGUUCCAUCCGAAACCUCUUCAGUACAGGCUGCCUCAGGCCUUCAGAGAGUAACCGUGUCACCGGAGUCUACAAGGUGACACUCUGCUAUGUGGCUGACAACGGGAGUCCAGGCAUGCAGCGGCGUCGCAGACGAGUGCUGGACACCUCAGUGGCGUACGUCCGAGGAGAGGAGAACCUGGCCGGGUGGAGGCCUCGCAGUGACAGCCUCAUUUUGGACCACCAGUGGGAGUUGGAGAAACUCAGCUUACUUCAGGAGGUGGAGAAGACCCGGCAUUACUUGCUCCUGAGGGAGAAGCUGGAGGCCACACUGCUUGCCGGCCAGGAUGCUCUCUACAAGGGCGGUGACAUCGGCGAUUUUGCCAAGAGUCCAGUCCUUAGCCAGAGUCCCGCAAGGAGCCCAGCACUGGACAGCCCCAACCAGAGGCAGAGGGAGCUGGCUGCCAAGUGUCUGCGUCUGCUGAUGCACACCUUCAACAGGGACUACAGCCAGGUGAGCAGCAGUGCCAGUGAGAGCAAGCUCUCCGAGAUAUCGGUGUCGCUAAUGAGGGAGGCGUCCAUUUCCACGCUGAGCACGCUCACGCCGUCCUCCACCUGCCCUUCCCUGAUCGAAGGACACUAUGACAUCAGACACGCUGAGCCCGGUUCGGGAGCAUCCACCCCUGAUCUGGACCCGUUCAGCCCAGUGGACAGAAAAAAAGCUCUCAAAGGCUGCAGCUUUGUUCCAGACAUACAGGAACUACGAGUCAGCCCAAUUGUGUCCAAGAAGGGCUACCUGCAUUUUCUGGAGCCCCACGCCAGCGGCUGGGUAAAACGCUACGUAGUGGUGCGCCGACCCUACGUUUAUCUGUAUCGUAGCGAGAGGGACAGCGUCGAGCGAGCCGUCAUCAACCUAUCGUCGGCCAAGGUGGAAUACAGCGAAGACAAGCAGACCUUGCUGCGGACUCCAAACACGUUUUCUGUGUGCACCGAGCAUCGUGGGAUACUGCUUCAGGCCAACAAUGACAAAGAGAUGCACGACUGGCUUUAUGCCUUCAAUCCUCUACUGGCGGGUACCAUCCGGUCCAAACUGUCCAGACGAAAGUCAGUCCAGUUGGCGCUGGUCGCCCAGAGGAUUUGAGAUUCUUCACAGGCGUCUUUGAAAAUGGCCAACACAACACCCACAAUACAACAAUCUAAACGCCACCAACUCUCCAUUUUAAACAUCCAUAAACCACUGAAAUAACCUUCUAAAUAUAUAUAACAUGCCAUCCCUCUUACAAACCUGCAUGUUGACACCACUGUGUAUAGUCAUAUACAAGUAGUUAGCUCUUCUUUAAUAUUAGCAAGCAGGCUAAUCCAUUGCGUGUGUUAUUUUUGUACACAGUGCCACCCGAUGGUGGUGGUGGUGGUGGUGGGGGUGGUGGGGCUCCUCUGCACGAUAGCGCUAGUCUGCCUAUUCUAUCGUUUUGUAUCCGGUUCGCUUCGGAGGUAUCACGGUACAUGUAAAAGUAGCAUGUGGCUAUGGAAACCCGUUUGAGCAUUUAUUUGAUAUCCUUAAUCCGUGUACCAGUACGCUCUGUCCCGGGGAGUAUGACUAUUCAGAGCACUUGUAGAACGACUGCCUGACAUUGUAAAAACAUUUCGGCUACUAGUGCCAAUUUUGGCCAACUAUUAGUAUCAAAGAUACCGAAUACAUGAUGUUUAAAAUGAAAUGUUUGAGCAAUUAUUCGAUAUCCUUGAUAUCCAUCUUACGGUUGAUUUACUAGUACGCUCUUUGUCCUCACUAGUAGGAAGGACAAUGUUGGCAUGCUAGGAGGACAACUCCAUGUUACUAGUGAGGGAAAACUGCUAGUGGGAAUUUUGGUCCUACUAGUGGGGUCCAGGAGGCUUCUAGUAGAAUGUGCUCUAGUAGAAUGACUGGGGUGCACUAGUGGAAUAACUGUGUCUUACUAGUAAUAUGUUUCCACUACUAAUGCCACUAUGGGCUUACUAGUAGGCUACGCAAUUAAACUGUACUCGUAAACUCCUGCAGUAGCACAUGUGCUGCACGAAUAUUUCUUGGCCCAACCCGAAGGAAUGUGUCACACACAAAUAGCCUCCUGGCCUCUAGAAGUACCACCAAAAUGCCCACUAAUAGUUUUUGACUCACUAGUAACAUGAUGUUGUCCUACUAGUAUGCCAAAGUUGUCCUACUGGUGUGCAGACACGUCAUACAGUUUGUGGAAACAACUUUGCUAGUAAGAUACAAUCGUUCUACUAGUGCGCCCUAGUCAUUCUACUACUUUACAUAAAAUUGUUUGAGUAUUUAUUCUUAAGGUCUAUACCAGUAGGCCAAAAGUCCCACUAGUACUGGACAUUUUUUUUUUACUAGUUAGACACAGUUGUUCUACUAGUGCGCUGAAUUGUACUACUACUACUAGUGACAUUAUCAAAUUCUACCAAUUAAUAACUAGGGCUUGACUAGUAGUACUUGUAGCCCAGAUGCGGCUGACUAUUAACACUUAGUUGUCCUACUAGUGUGCAGAAAUUUUACGCAGUAGUUGAAAAAAAAAGUUACUAUUAAGAGUGUCGUUCUACUAGUCUAGUGCACUGAAUUGUCUUAAUAGUGAGGACAAAGUGCGUAGUAGUACAUGGACCUUAAACUGGAUAUCAAGCAUAUUGAAUAAAUGCUCCAACGACUUUUCAUUUGCGGUGGAAGUUGGGACAAACGGCUCAAUUAUGGUAUCAUGAAUGUUGAUGUGUUCCCCGCCAAAGUCGAGCAAGACAACACCCUGGCCUUGAAAAGAGGGGGAAGAAAAAGAUAAUCCCUUGUGCAUAUUAUCACAGAGUAACAUUAUUUUCUGUUGCUUUAUGCUUUUAGUUACUUGUGAUGGAACUACCGACCAAUUUUGUUGCACGGCACUUUAUCGUCCUUGUUGAGUUGUUGCAUUACCAAAGCUUUGUUUUUUCGUUUGUUUGUUUGUUUUCAAUAAUCCCGAUUAUAAAAUGUCUAAAAUAUUAUUCUGAGCAAUUAUCAGUGGUGUGUUUAGAGUGAUUUUUCCUCCCCGAUCUGGUCUGGAAAAUAGUCAGGGCCGGCAGUCGGAAAUGUGAAACCUGGUCAAUAUUUAUAAUAGCGAUUGUCGGAUAUUUUUUGAUGCAUGUGGUGUGCUGUGUUGGUCAUGUCGAUCACGCCACACACUAUAAGAACACACGUGGUGAUUUUUGUCCUCGUCAUGUGUGGUGUCUCUUGCAUUUUUUAAAAUCAGGGUACUGUACUCACAUAAUGAUCUGAACUGAUAAUCACCACGGGUGCUUACUGUUCUUAUAAUGUGUGUUGUACUCCAGAUGACCAACACAGCAGGGACCAUUUUCUAAGCAGGUCAUGGUGGAGGGGAAAAAAAAAAUCAUUUCUAACCCAGCCUCCGCCACAGGAUAAUCAUUCAGGAUAAUCUUUCAGAGACAUCUGACAUUCUGGCCUUUACUGACUUCAAUUACAACAGAGGAAAAAUGAUCAAACGUGGCCCGAUUGUUGUGUGUGUACCCGCUGCUGAAUAUGUUCAAAAUCAGUGUGUGCACCCUACUUUUAAAUCUACACAUUGAGAAUCUCCACACAAAAACUGAGAGUUCUUUCAGUCCAGUCGCUCCUGCUUUUUCCAUUCCUACAUACAUACGUCAUAUUUAGAGUCAAAUAAGGGUCAUUCGAUGUGAAUUUUAUCUAUCCUGUCUUUAAUGCACCGGAAAAAAUGCUGCUUUGUAUAUCUUUGACUUAUUAUCGUCACUAGUAGCGGAAUACAAUAAAAUGUACUUGUAAUGCGGGAGCCUGUCCUAAUGGGAAUUUUGUAGUAUUGGAUACAAAAAGUAGGUCCAAUUGGUAGAUUGUUUAUGAAUUUUGUGAAAAUAAGACGUCGUGACCUUCCCUCUCUGAAUUUAUGUCAAGCCGUAACAUUUAAAUUACUUUUAUGUUAAUAAUAAUAUUUAUGGAAAAUAUUUAAUGUGAGGUAUGACCUGCAUUCCGAUAGUAGCAUUGAGUGUUUUCUGUUUGUUUCUCAUUGUUUUGCACCUUCCAGAAUUCACCUUCUUUAUUUUUUAAUUUAUUUUUUGGUCGGGUGGUUUAAAUUCGCACUAAAUUCUCAUGCGAUCAUAAAAAGGCAAAUUCCGCCCAGCUGCUAGUGCCUCCCUCUUCCUUCACCUUCUUUUCCUCAGCUUCUAUGUUGUAGGCUAAGCCUGAGUGCUAUUAAUUUUGGUUAUAGAAAUGACAUAUACAAGUGAAUAUCCUCAUAUAGUCAUAUGUUGUGCUAGCCUGUGACAUCCUCGGUAUAUCUUGGUAUCAUUUGUAAACAAUAAGUCAAUUUGUUUACUUUGUAGCUGUUCUAACGCUUGACAAUUAACUUAUAAGGGGAUGGUUUGUAGUUGUUUUAAUGCGUCGAUUACUGUUUUUCUGGGCUUUAUUGAGUCAAGGCACAUAAUUUUACAUCCACCAAACAAAAAGGCCACAAAGAUUAUAUCGUUGGUGUCGGGUGGAAUCCUCGCAUCUCCCCCCCCAAAAAAAAACC